AUGAAGAAUAGUAUGAAAUCUUCAGAAAAGUUGGACCGAAAAACAGUGGAAAGGAACAGGAACCGAAGAAUUCAUAUGAAAACUCUUUGCUUGAGGCUUACUUCUCUCAUUCCUCGCCAGCACUUUAAACCAUCCAAGGACCUGUUAUCACUACCUGAUCAACUUGCUCAAGCUGGUACUUAUAUUACGCAGUUGAAAGAAAGAGUGGAGGAAUUGCAAAGGAGAAAGCAAGAAGCAUUGAGCAACAUUGGAGCUAUUGGUAGUACUGAAAAUUCACCAAUGUCUAGCAUAACUUAUCCUCUAUUCGAAUUAAGAGACUUGGGUUCAAGAUUGGAAAUAGUCCUUGUAACUGGGAUGAAAAAGAAAUUCAUGUUGUAUGAAGUCAUCAGCAUUCUAACAGAAGAAGGGGCUGAAGUAGUGAAUGCUAGUGUUUCCACAAUUGGUGCUAAGGUUUUCCAUACAUUACAUGCUCAGGUCAAAGUUUCUAGGGUUGGUGUGGAUACUUCAGGAUUUGCGAGAGAUUGCAGGAGUUGA